AAACGGCCCCAGAGCAGCAGCAGUCGGACGCCGCGCGACUCUUUCGACCUACCUCCGCGUCCUCCCGGUUUCUAUUUCCGCUCCCGUCCCCAACCACCCGCGUCCCCCCGGCUUCCGUGGGCAUGGCCGCCGCGCGGGCGCAACCACCGCCGCGGCCGGAUGCCUAGAAAGCCCCUCCUCCCCACCCGCGGGACCACCACCGCUCCGCCCCUCCUCCUCAACCUCCGCCGCCUCCUCCCCCGCCGCCGCGCGCCCCCCUCGCCGCCCCCGCCGCUGCCCGCCCGACGGAGGCCUGCCAUGGCCCGCGCCAGCGAAUCCGUGGACGCGGCGGCGGCGGCGGCCUCCUUCCGGGUCGGGAUGGUGCGGGUGGUCUCCUUCCUCGUGGGGGGACUCAACUUCGCGGUGCUGCUGCUCGGGCUCUACCUCAUCGACGCCGUGCUCCCGCCGGGGUGCGGCGGGGGGCUUGCGCUCGCCGCGGCGCCCGCGCUGGCUGGGGUCCGCGUGCUCGGCAUGGUCGGCGCCGCGCGCGCGCAGCACGCCACGGCGGACGCCAUAGCCAGGCGCCACCUCCAUGAGGCCGACGCCUCUGUCGCCGCUGACGCCGUAGCUCGCCACGAGAUCAGGUUGAGGUAUAAACGUUGGUUGUGGUGGACUAGAUUUGGUGUGGCAGUUGGUGCAUUGCAGUUGGUUGCAGCAAUUUAUCUCAUGUUUGUCAUUGUGAGAGAUCUUUCACAAGAAAGAAGAUCCACUUCCUGCUUCUUUGGACAGGAUGAAGCUGAUCAGGUCUCAGGGCGAGCACUUAUUGCUUUAUUUCUUAUCCUUUCCUGGGUUGUGGUCAUCGUCCAGUGCUUCACGGGUUCUGAUAUAUUGAGAUGGCGAUCAUUUUAUGCAACACAUGAUAUGGCAUGGAAAGCUCAUUACAGGGAAGUGUUUGAUCAUGGAAUUCGAGAAGCUUUAUGCUGCUUAGGACGUGCAAAAUAUCUAACCGUGUUGGAAGAAGAUGAGGUUUAUUCUGUGGCAAGACUUCUAGGUGAUUUGGUUGCAUAUCGUGCUUCUGGGACUGGACAUUUGGAACUUUUAGCAGGGCUUGCUCUGCUGCAGAAGCAUGGGAAUUUGCCUGAUUUGCAGACCGACCUUGUGGAAGCAUCUCAUGAACUUAUGCAAGAAGCUGCUUUCCUCCAUCCAUUUGCUGAAGCAUGUUACACAGGACCACUUCUUGAUUUUGGAAGAAAUCCUAUUUUGUUUCCCUGUGUAUGGGUAUAUAGGCAAGGUGCUUUAACUCCGUGGGCACGCAGAAGGCGCCCUGCACUUGAUGGUGAUAACUGGUGGCGAGGCCAUGCUGCAGCUUUCCUGAGAUUUGUUAAUAUAUCACCUAAAGCACUUGUGCGAGGACGUGUUUGUCAGAGCAAGCGCGAAGCUGCUUACUUUGUUGUGGUCCUCCAUGACAAAAAAACUGUUGUCAUUGCGGUUCGUGGAACAGAGACACCAGAGGAUCUCAUAACUGAUGGAUUAUGCAGAGAAUGUGCUUUUACUAUGGAAGAUUUGGAUGGACUAGUAAAUAGUGGCCAAUUACCUGCUGCUACAAGGGAGAGAGUUAUCUCAACAUUUCCACAUUAUGGGCAUGGUGGAAUUGUAGAAGCUGCCAGGGAGCUGUUCAUGCAGCUAAACGACUGUACAGGAGGAACCACAUCAUCUGGACUUGGAUUCCUUUCUACACUGCUGGGGGAAGGAAGUGAGUGCCAUGGAUAUAAAGUUCGUGUUAUUGGGCACUCGUUAGGAGGCGCUGUUGCCACAGUCCUAGGAAUGAUGCUUUUUGGCAAAUACCCAGACGUGCAUGUAUAUGCUUAUGGACCACUUCCUUGUGUGGACUUUGUAAUAGCGGAAGCCUGCUCACAUUUUGUCACCACCAUUGUAUGCAAUGACGAAUUUUCCUCUCGCCUCUCGAUCAAUUCGAUCCUCAGGCUACGAUCAGCUGCAAUAAGUGCUCUUUCAGACAACUCUCCAGCUGAUACAGCAAUGGUACAAAAGCUUGCUCGGAGAAUUUUACAUGUGAGCAGGUAUCAUGAUAAUGGCCCUGAUGAUGAUAUAAUCGAGGGCUACACCGACCGUACCAGAACGGCAGGGACGGCAGUACCGAAUGAGAGACAGUUUUCUCACCAGGAUUCAUUAUGCAAUACUGAACCAGUUCUCCAAAAUAUGCAAAAUGCCUUCAUUGGGUAUAAUGGAUCCAAUGCAUCCAUAGACGAGCUUCGGAGCUAUGAAGGCCUAAACAGUGAUCUUGGUGUACAAAUAAUUCCACUUGAUGGGCCUGAUUCUGGUUUCAAAGAGCAUCCGACAUCUUACAGAGAAAUACCAGUAGAACCUCCUGAGAUGUUUCUUCCAGGCUUAAUUAUUCAUAUAGUGCGGCAAAGAAGAAGCUUGUUUCCUCUUUGGAAAUGCUGGAAUAUUCAGGAAACUGAACCACCAUACAAAGCUUUUAUAGCGAAAAGAGAGAACUUCAGUGAUAUAGUUGUUACUCCUUCCAUGUUCACGGAUCACUUACCGUGGAGGUGCCACUAUGCUAUGCAGAGAAUUCUUGAAGCCCAGGCGCCUAAGAGAUGCACUAAUUCUGAUUCGCCCGUGCAACAUUUGGUCUGACCAGGACAAAAUUACAUUUAGCAGCAUGGUCUAUUCCGCGCUGAAUGCAUAUUCCUACAAAAGGCAUCUACACCUGUAUACAAUAGAUCUCUGUGUUAGGCUCAGCAUCCUGAUGAGCUUAUUGGCUGUCCAAGGCGAAUGCCUAGGCAGGCACACAUACACACCCCUGGGAGAUCUCUGGCACGACAGAAAUCUGGGUACUUCAUGUACGACAAUACCCGUUCCUUAUCUGAUGGGUCUACUCACUCUGGCAAACUUUUGCGCGUGCACACUGAUUACUGAUGCAGUCGCCAGCCAUACAUACAUACCCCUGGGACAUUGUCCAUAGCUAUUUUUUAUUCAUGCCAGGUCGACAUGAUGUACAUAUUCCACACAGCAGAAUUAGCUAGAUUCACUGGCUGACAAGUAACAGUCAUGAUGUGAUUAUUCACCAAAGCUGAAUGGAAGUUGUGACUCAAAUUGACACGUUA